UUUUUUCCAGGAGCUACUCUACUCUCCUCGGCAAGUCUAUGAAGAAGGAGCAGAUAUGUUAUACACCUUCUGCAACUGCGUGAUCGUGGGCUUGGUGACUGGUCUUGGAGUUGCGCUCCUGCAGUACCUCAUGGGAAGGAAGAGGCAAAAAGGUCUGCCACCAGGUCCCGUUGGCUUCCCCUUUAUCGGCUACCUUCCCUUCGUGCUUAAACACUGGGAUGUCGAAGCCCUCCGAAAGAAGUACGGUAACGUGUUCGGGCUCAAGAUCGGAAGCCGUUACGUGGUGUUCUUAUGCGACUUCGACUCAGUGAAGGAAGCCCUCACGCACAAUGGACUAUUGGACCGGCCGGAAGAGUUUCCACUGAAUAUCAGUGACACGAAAAGCCUGAUUACGCUCAACGGACCCGUGUGGAAAGAACAACGACGCUUCUUCCUGAGGACGUUCAAGCAGCUUGGAGCUGGCACGCCGGCAAUGGAGGCUCGGAUACAGAAGGAGCUGUCGUACCUCCUGCACGAGCUGAAAGCUCGCGAAGGGACGCCCGUUGUUCCUCCCGACCUGCUCACCACCAGCGUCUCAAACAUAAUGACCGAGCUGUUGACGGCCACGCGGUUCGGACACAAGCACCCCAAGCGUGCCCACAUCGACGAACUGGUGGACGCUAUCUUGGUGCUCUCCAUCCAGGUGACGGCCGUCAACUUAUUGCCAUGGCUACGCAGAUUCGUCUGCUACUUCAUGCUGGGAACAUACGGGAAGCUGAAACAAGUCUUCAUCAACAGGAAUAUCUUCAGCGAAUCGAGAAUAUCGAAAGUGGAGAAAAUGUACGAGGACGGCCGGGUGCGCAACUUCACAGACGCGUACAUCGUCGAGAUGAAACGGCCGGGAGAUAGAAACAGACUCUUCACACGAACACCGUUCGUGAAGCUGGCUGCUACCUACCGACUCUGCUGUUGCUAUCUGCAGCAGUGA